AUGGAAAAGGUAUCAUUGAAUUCAACGUUUUCAGAAGCCACCACGAAAAAUGCUAACAUUUUUCUGAGUGUUAAUUUACUGAACAUAAGUAAUGUGAUUUCCUAUAGCAACGGGUCUUGUUUAGCCUUAUUGGAAAAUGUGACACACAAAUGGACAGGCCCUAAUUCAACCCUGGACAAUAUUCAGGUACAAAGAUCAAGUCCUAUCAUCAGUGACGCCCUUAGAGACAUCAUCCUGACAGUAAACUUGGCAGUGCUGUGUCAGUUCGUUAGCCUUGCUGGUGUGGUGGUAAGCAUCCUGAACAUCUGCGUGUUUGUCAAGCAAGGUCUAGGAGACGCCCUCAACGUCACUCUAGCGGGGCUAGCCUUUGCGGACCUCUGCAUGGUCAUCUUCGCCAGCUGGAUGUGCUUGUGUUGUAAUCCGUUGUUCGCUAGCCUGGAUCUGCCCUUUAGCCCUAUCCAAUUCGUCUACUUGACGGCAAGUCUGCCGCGUCUGACAUGUUCCCGUGUCUCAAGCUGGAUUCUCGCCUUCGCCUCCGUGGAGAGGUGUCUCUGUAUAAUGAAGCCGUUAGCCUUUAAGUCGAUCAUCACCCCGAGGAGAUCGUUGGCUUUCAUUGUGGUCACUUACGUCGUGAUGACCGCAAGUGUGCUUCCCUUGUAUUACACCACCCGCCUCGUCUGGAGUCAUGACCCCGCCCGGAACAAAUCCAUCGUUAGCCUCGCUUUCACCAGCGAUCGUUUCGCUGUGGAUAACUACGUGUUCGGCAUUGGCGUCUUUCUCUCUGUCGUGUCGUUCCUCGGAGUUUCUAUUUGCACAUCUCUUUUAGUCUGGAGUCUUAAAAAGAAAAGAAAAUGGCGGGAAACAACAGUAGUGGGAAUAGCCACCGGGAAUCAUCUUCCGCUUGUGUCUUACAGAAAUAAACGCGUUGGCAAAAUGAUCUCGAUAGUGUCCAUUUUAUUUCUCGUCUGCUACACGCCCAACACGGCAAGUCAACUGCUUACGGCUCUUGUCCAGGACUUCGCCAAGAACGGGGAUCAAAUUAACGCUGGUCAAGUGUUUUGGUCGUUCGGGAUCCUUCUAGAGUGCAUCAACGCCACCGUCAGCAUCGUCAUUUACUUCAAGAUAAGCUCAAGAUUCCGAAGUACUCUGCUAGCAAUGUUCAAAAGGAAACCAAGGCCAGCCUGCAUUGUAAGAGCAUUUUAA